CCUCUCAUCUCUCAGCGGAUCCUCCGCUCCCUUUCGUUCAGCUAUCAACCCACCACGCACUGUAACAGGAUUUCAUACCGUUAAGCGAUGUGGUCGAGUCGAGUUGCCGUUCAGCGGUUGCAGAGGAUUGCGGCUGCUCAGCUAACCGUCAGCACCAUGCACCGGGCGCAGUCUACACUCCCACGCGUAUAUGUCACACGCAGCAUGCCGCCAGACGGACUGGACAUUCUUAGAAAGUCUGGACAGGUGCAGUUUGAGAUGUGGGACUCGGACGAUCCUGUGCCCCGAGCGGAGCUUUUGAAGAGGGUCAAAGGAGUGGAUGGCCUCUUUUGCGUGCUGACAGAGAAGAUAGACGCUGACCUUCUGGAUGCAGCUGGUCCAAAUCUGAGGGUGGUAAGCACUAUGUCAGUAGGAUAUGAUCAUCUCUCUCUAGAUGAGCUCAAAAAAAGGGGGAUCCGUGUGGGCUACACUCCAGAUGUGCUGACCGAUGCUGUGGCUGAACUUACUGUUGCUCUGCUGCUAUGUACAUCCAGACGCCUGGUUGAAGCAACACACGAAGCCAAAACGGGAGGCUGGGGUACCUGGAGAACACUAUGGCUGUGUGGGUAUGAACUGGCUAACAGCACUGUUGGAAUAAUGGGACUAGGAAGAAUUGGACUGGCCAUUGCUGAGAGACUUAAGCCCUUUAAAGUGAAGAAAUUCAUCUAUUCAGAUGUGACUCCCAGGCCUGAGCUGGCAAAUCAGAUUCAGGCAGAAUAUGUCUCUAUGGACGAGUUGGCCAAACAGUCGGACUUCCUGGCGGUGUGCUGUGCACUGACACCAGAGACUCAGGGCAUCUGUAAUAAAGAGCUCUUCUCCAAGAUGAAGGACACCUCCAUCUUCAUCAACACAAGCAGGGGUGGUGUAGUGAAUCAAGAAGAUCUGUAUGAGGCUCUGUCCACUGGACAGAUUGCUGCUGCCGGAUUGGAUGUCACUGUGCCUGAGCCCCUCCCCACCAGCCACCCACUCUUCACCCUGAAAAACUGUGUGAUUCUGCCCCACGUUGCCAGUGCCUCCUUCACCACACGGAAUGCCAUGUCAUCCCUGGCAGCCAAUAAUCUGCUAGCUGGUUUGAGAGGGGAUCCAAUGGAAAAGGAGCUUCAACUGUAAUCCAUACCUGCAUAUUGUAUAUUAAAAUAGACCACGUGCCUUUUAAGAUAUUGGGUUAAUGAUACCAGAGAAAGAUUAUUGAUAUUUAAACUCAACAGUCAGAAAAUAGUCCCUUCAGUGUGAUUGUGAUAGUGAAAUAGCACCACCUGUUUAUGAGUAGCUGCAAUAGCGUUGUGUGAGUGGGUGUACAUUCAUUCUGUCUGUUUUCAGUUUAUGGACACAGGGCUGUGUUUUUGUUGUUGUUGUUGUUGUUGUUUUGUUUCAGUGUGCACACACAAUGGACCGCUAUAGCGAAUUCUGAGGACAUAUUUACUGAAUGUGGUAAAAAUGUGUAUGGGCUUAGAAUAGUUUAUUAUUACUUUAAGGGAACCUUAGUGCUCAGAGACGCCACUUCUCUUCAAACUGCAGUCUGUUACUGUACUUUUGAAAUUCACCUGUAAAUAAUGUUUUUGGACUGCACUGGACCAUGGGAGCCGUCUUCUGCUAAUUUUAUAAAUGAAGUUUGAGUGGCCUUCUACUACAUAUGGCAUUAAAUCAUUGCUGACUAUUCCUUUAAGUAUUGCUGAUUUUUAAAUGUGAUAUGUCAAUUUUAGGGCUGGGGCAUAUGACAUCAUCAUUAAUAAAGAAUGAGUAUUUGUAGGUGACAAACACUCAAGUACUAGGA